AUGCUGCUCUGGUGGCUGGCGGCGGCGGCGGCGGCGCUAGCGUCAGCCGCAGCAGUGCUGGCACAGGACCAUCAGGUCCUGCUGCAUGGGCACGACUGUCCAGAACGUUGUACGACAGUGUGUCAGGAACCACAAUGCGAGCAUACCGUACUCGAUCAAUGCGGUUGUUGUCCGGUAGGUGACGUUCGGUUUCUCCUCAAUUUUUCGUCGCACCUGUUUCAAUACCGAAAUAUUCGACUUCUCUCAAAAUCCCAUGGUCAUAUAGGUUCAAGUAGGGGGAGGCUGCUGAAAAUUUUCGGCGUAUUCCAUCUACAUCGAACGAAGAUUUUCUUUCCGUUGACUUCCUCCGCUGGCUCGUUUAUACUGCAUAUUACUGCUGUAGUCGCUUACGUCGCUUACUAUGGCAUAUCCUAA